AAUUAUUGAGACUAUGUGAGACGAGACUAGACUCAGACUCAGACUCAACCUAUUCAGUCCCGCCCACCAAACGGAUCAACAUCGGAGAUCCAACACAAGUGGCCCUUUACCACAGUGGUGGAAGGGUGUUGUGCCCUUACAUGACGGCAUGGGUUCAAACCCUCUCAGUAGCUAAUCUAACAUUUAACUUACUAACGCUAUCGUUUCACUCAAAAAAAAAAAAAAAAAAAAGACAUCGGAGGUCCAACGUGUAAGUACACGUUAUCAAUCUAAUCCAAAACUCCAGAGCUCUCCUAUUUCUUUUGCACCCUGUAUUCCCAAAGUGGAAGAAAAGGUAUGUAUCCACCUCAGCAUGCACCCUCCCCCCUGCCUCGACUAUAAAUAUUGGGACUAAGAUACCUUUGCUCUCACAACCCUCCUAAACUCAUUAGCUUAAUCUAUCUGAUUAUCGUCUUACUUUGCGAUAAUUAACUUCCUUGCAUUGUCUAGGAAAAACUUUGUCACACAGAGACAUGGAGUUUUUGCUUAAGCACAUAACUUGGUUUCUUUGUAUCAUGGUACUGUUGCCUGCACUAUGUACCUCUCAAGACGCAUUUGUUUCCUCUAGAGCAACCUACUAUGGUAGCCCAGACUGCUACGGGACCCCAACGGGAGCUUGUGGGUUUGGAGAAUAUGGAAGAAAGAUCAACGACGGUCAAGUAACCGCAGUUUCUAGGCUAUGGAGGAACGGAACUGGCUGUGGUGCAUGCUACCAGGUGAGGUGCAAGGUCCCUCAGCAUUGCAGCAGUGAUGGGGUAACUACGGUGGUGACGGACUACGGCGAAGGCGACAGAACUGACUUUAUCUUCAGCGCAAGAGCUUAUGCAAAGUUGGCAACCAAUCCAGCUUCGUCUGCGGUAUUAUUUGCUUCCGGUGUCGUUGAAAUCGAAUACAGAAGGAUCCCUUGCAAGUUCUCUGGUUACAACAUUGUGUUCAAAGUCCAUGAACAAAGUAAAUAUCCUCAUUACCUUGCCAUAGUCAUUCAGGAUGUUGCUGGGGUAAAUGACAUAACAGCUGUUGAGGUUUGGCAGGAGGAUUGCCAGCAAUGGAGGCCAAUGAGGAGAGCAUAUGGAGCAGUGUGGGACCUUCCAACCCCACCAAUGGGGUCCCUUAGCUUGAGGUUCCAAGUGAGUGGCAGUGCAGAAGUGAAAUGGGUGCAGGCAAACAAUGUCAUCCCUGCUGAUUGGAAGGCUGGGGCUGCAUAUCAGUCGGACAUUCAGCUCACUUAGGAGGACACUAAUUUAGUUACAUGUUGAUUAAUAUUAUUGCUUUUUUAUGUUUAGUUGCUUGGCAUGGAUUUAGUAUAAAAUAAUUAAAAGUAUUAGUUAAUGUAUGAUGCUUGUUAGGAACCAGUGCACUUGGCUUUCGUUUGCCCAAGGAUUAGUGGGGUUCUGCACCUUCAGUUGGUGAGGUUAUGUAAUAUGAAUGAAUAAAGUUCCACCUUGUUGGAUACUUUAAGCUUGCUUUAUAAACAAAGUUUGUUAUUGUAUUA